GGCGGGAGCGCGGGGCGUGCGCAGAGGGCGGGAGCGCCGAGGCGGGAAAAGACGAGAUGGAGCGCCAGGGAGUGGACGUGCUUCCCGUGGAGUUCAGGGACCAGGACCCCCAGGACGCUGUGGAGAGCGGGGAGCAUCGGCAGAACGAGAACCACGAGGACGAGGCGGUGGCCGCCAGUGCCAACUACCAGCUGCCAGGACCCUUGUCCUCUCUGGACUCUAGCAUUGAAAUCCUGAAGAAGAAAGCCCAGGAGCUGAUUGAAAACAUCAAUGAGAGCAGACAGAAGGAUCAUGCACUUAUGACCAACUUCAGGGACAGCCUCAAGAUGAAGGUUUCAGAUCUGACAGAGAAAUUGGAGGAGAGGAUGUACCAGGUGUACAGCCACCAUAGCAAGAUCAUUCAGGAAAGACUCCAAGAAUUCACUCAGAAGAUGGCAAAGAUCAGCCUCCUGGAAACGGAGCUCAAGCAAGUUUGCCAUACUGUGGAAACUGUAUACAAAGACCUAUGUGUCCAGUCUGAGGUUCCCACUUCAGAAGAACAGAAUUACAAAGAUGGUGAAUGCUGACUGCUACUAAGAAGCUCCCAUCUUAAUGACAGUCACCAAGAGAAGGCACAGAGCCCACUGAACCAUGCUGAGAUUGUUUUCUUUAUAGUUCUGUAACCUAACACAAAAGUCACCAAAGAUCUUUGUGCUAACUACCAAAGUGUGACAAGGUUAGCCCUGCCGUAGACCUAGCUUUGGCAAAUUCACCCAACCUACAGUUGAUUAAAUGUUUGAUUUCUA